UGACGGUGGUGAGCCCCUUUUUUUCUUCAAACGCUCCGCACAGCACAUUCGCCGACCCAAUUUAUUUGUCUAUCGUUUUUUGACUCGAUUUGUCGCUCUUCUCGCCUGUAGCUCUCGGUGUAUUUUGUUGUUGUAUAAAAACUGUACAAAACAUAUUUUUCAAUUUGUUAAGUGUUAACAUUCCUACCUAAAUAAAUAUAUAUAUAUAUAUAGGUACAUGUAUAUUAAAAGAACAACAACAACAGUGGUAGUGCGAACGCGAAGGCAAAAUGAUAAACGAAUCACCCCCAAGCCCAACAACAACAACAUUUAUAACAACAACAACAACACCAACAGAAAAGACUAAAACUAAAAUUAAUAAACAACAAUUGAUUCGGCCCAAGAGCGUCUUAUAAUUGACGACUACCGCAAAGGAAAUCCUCAGUUCUUGAAUUACCUACAAAGCCAAUAGUCAUGCUGUUAUAAAAAUAAAUAACGUUUUUUUUUAAAUAUUUUCAAAAAAUAUAAAGUUAAUUUUUUUUUUGAAUUUUCUUUAAAAUAAAUUAUUUUUAAUUUUUUUUUAAAUUUCGAAUUAAAUUUUCGAAGUGAUUAAAAAACAAACAAAAAUCUGUGAUUUUAAAACAUCAAGAUGGUUAAUUAAUUUUUCUUGAUUCGCAAAAGCUGGUUUGCCAUAAACACUCAAUUACUUUUCAAUCUAAAUUAAGUAAUUUCAACAUCGAUUUUUAAAUAAAAGAAAUUUUAUUUAAAUUCACUCUGACAAUAAAUAAAUAAAAGUAUUGAUUCAAAACUAUACAACCUUACAAAACUUUUUUUCAAAAUAAUAAUCAAAUUAAAAAAGAAAAGAGAAAUCUUGCAAAAAUGUCAGUUCCAUUGGUAUUGAGUGUUUUGGAUGCCACCGCGCCAACUGUACCUGUGAUUGAUGAGCACACAGAACAUUGCAAUGCAGUCGCCAACAAUGUCAUUCAGCGAGCUGGUGAGCCAUCUGUCGUUACCUCACCAACUGAGGAAUGCAUUCCAUCGCCCAGAACGUUUACCGUUCAAUUGUCCAAGCCCCUUGAGUCUAACGAGCAUAUGGGACUUACUGGGGACUCGUUCGAGUUGGGAUCAUGGGAUCCCUUGCGUAGUGUCCAGUUGACACAAGUUACCCCAAUCAUUUGGAAUGGUGUUGUGAAUCUGAGCAGUCCCGGAAAGGUUCAAUAUCGUUACUUUGUGUAUAGUCUGGAUUCGUUGGGACGCAUUCAGAUCAAGCGUUGGGAAGCCUAUGUUGAGCCGAGAAAUAUGCGAACUUGUAACGGAAAUUGCAUGAGAAUGGAUAGUUUUGGUGAUAUUGACGGUGAAAAGAAGAUUGCCAGGGGCUGGUUGACCAAUGAAACUAUCGUUCAGUUGAAAUUCCUCAAUCAAGUGUUUUCGUUUGAGGGUUUUGCUCCGGAGAGGGUGUAUUUGAAGUUGGUUAGCUUGGAAGACGAGAAUGACUUACCCAAUUACAAUGAAAGUCUCAAUAAUGCUGAGGUUGUGAACAUGAAGUAUGGUCGAAGUGUCUUCGAGAGGCAGUCAGAUCUGGGAACGCUCUACAAGCUGGGAGAUAUUGUGCUCUUCCAAUUGUCAAUUCCUUUGGGGCAAGAACACGAGAAGUACGCCUUGGUUUUGCAUUCCGAGGAUCGUCAGCCAUUGGGUCAUGCUCCUAUACUGCUGUCCAAAUUGCAGGAGAACGACGGAAAGUUGGAGUUGAAUGUCACCAGUCCCGACUCUGGUUCGAUGAUUGCCAGUGUUAAGAUUUCUUACUUGAUCGUGAGACCCUUGCCGGGUAUUCGGAUGAAUUUCCGCACAAGCUACGCCUACACCUGGAAGCCCAAAUGGGACAAGCUGCUGGUCGGCCACAGAGGUAACGGUAUUAGUUUUGCACUUGACGGAGCUCCCAUCACCGAGAAUACCAUAGCUUCGUAUAAGCAGGCCUACGAAGUCAACGUUGAUAUGAUCGAGAUCGAUGUCCACAUUACUGAGGAUCUUGUGCCCGUGAUCUAUCACGAUUACAAGUUCUUCACCGCUCCUAAUGGAACCCGUCCAAAGUCCAAGGAUGACCUGGUUCAGGUGUACAUAAAAGACAUUCGUUACAGUCAGCUUAAAGACAUGCGGAUAUUCCGCGUGAUCGGCGAUGAAAUCCGGGAGUAUUUAUCGCAUAACGAAGAAGAACGUGUUGAGCACCGUUUGUUCCCAACUCUGGAAGAACUCUUCCAAGAGUUGCCAUUGGGAUUAGCCAUCAACAUUGAAGUCAAGUGGCCACAAACCCAUAUCGACGGUGUGCUCGAAGCAGAACAAGUUGUAGAUAAGAACCUCUUUGUCGAUAUGAUUCUUCUGACAACUUUGCGUUAUGGAUGCGGACGAAUGUUGAUCUUCUCAUCGUUUGAUGCCGAUAUUUGCGCCAUGGUGCGUUUCAAGCAAAAUAUGUUACCUGUGAUGUUCCUGACUCAAGGAUCUACCAAAAAAUGGCAAGCAUACGAGGACCCUCGUUGCAAUAGUAUUGAGGCGGCCGUCAACAAUGCUCAGACAUUUGAGCUUACCGGCAUCGCACCCUACUCCGAAGACAUUCUCAAGGACCAUCAAAUGGUCCGCUUAGCCACUGAUCUUGGACAAAAAGUAUUCCUCUGGGGCUAUGAUAUUAACUCGCUGGAACGAGUUCAAUUCUUCGAAGCAGCCGGUGUGACUGCGAAUAUUUUCGAUCGUGCGGACUUAAUAGUCCCAAAGGAACGAACCGCUGGCGUGUUCAACAAUCCUGAGACGAUAGAGUAUUUUAGAGGCCAGUGUCCGUUGUGAAAUCGUUUAUUUUCUAAAUAAUUUAUUAAAAAAAAAACAUUAUAUAUUUUUACUUUAACUAUAAGUUUAAUCUCAUAAGUCAAAUUUAAGAAAAAAGUUUCAAAAUUCAUGUUUGACGAUAAUUAUACAAAAAGAAUGUCACAUUUAAUCUUAACAAAAACAAAAAAUGUCUUCAUAAUACGUAUAACAACUAUAAGCCGUUAUUGCUUAUACGCUUUUUAAAUUAAAAACAAUUAUUGACACUUUCAUGCAAUUAUGUAGCGAAAGGAAAAUUAAAUAAUUAAAAAUUUGUGUGAUAUAUAUUCCUUCAUAUUAUUUGCCGUGCUGAAUGCCAAAAAGAAAAUAUUGUAUCUUGAAAAAAGGCUCAAUUAUUGUUCAGUUGCUAAAUUUAUUUUAAUAUGCCAUCAAUUGAAAAAGAAAAAGGAUAAUAAUUAAUUUUAAAAUCUAAUUUUAACUGAGAAAUAACAAAAAAAAUAGUUUUUAAGAAAAUAUUUUUAACAAUUAAAUACACAUUAAUACAAAAUACACAGUUUCACUUUUUUUCUGUAUGUAAAAGAUUAAAGAAAAGAGAAAAAAACAAACAAAAAUAAAUAAAUUUCCUUCAGUAAAAUAUUUAUUAAUAAAAAAAAGAAAAACAAAUAAAAGAAAAUAAAAUAAGACAUCAAAAUAAAAUAUUACAAUAUUAAAGAAACUUCAAAAAAAACUUUGUUUUAAUUAUGGACUUUUCAAAACCAAUUGUAUUGAUGUAAAAAUACAUACAUAUGUUUGUAUAUCAGAUAGAAAUUAAUUAAAUUUAAUGAAUAUUUCAUUUUAUUAAUUAACACUAUCGAAAGUAAGUUAGCUUUGACGUUGAUUCCAGCAAAACAAACUUAUACUUAAUUGUUUGAAUUAGAAUUUCAAAUUAAGUUACAUAUUUGAUAAAAGAAAAGGUUGGGAAAAAUAAGAUAUAUGUGUAUGCAUGUAUAUAAUUUCAAUGUGGCUUAGAUAAGUGUUGUAAGAAAGAAAAUCUAAAGAUGAAGCUAAAACAAAGAAAAGAUAAACAUACACUUACUCAUUGCACAUUUCAUAAUUCUUAAUACUAUUUUGAUGAUAUAAUAAUAAUUAAUAAAAUAAAAUCA